AUGGAAUUUACCCCAUUUAAAGGGAUGGAGUUUGAAGCAAAUGGGAUUGCAUAUGAUUUUUAUAAUGAAUAUGGAAGAAAGACUGGUUUUAGCAUUAGAAAAGAGUAUGUAAAUAAAUGUAAGAAGAUUGGAGUGGUUACUUCAAGGAGAUUUGUGUGCGCGAAGGAGGGAGUUCGAGGCAAAGACAAGCGAGAUCAGAAUGUAAAGCAGCCACGAGCAGAAACAAGAUGUGGUUGUGAAGCACGUUUGGUUAUUGUACUUAAUCAAGAUAGUAAAAAAUAUGUGGUGAAUGAAUUUAUUGCUGAGCAUAACCACUAUCUCCACCUCCCAUCAACUAUACACAUGAUGCCAUCACAAUGGAAAAUGACUACAAAUCAUGCUAUUGAAAUUGAUUUGGCAUAUGAGUCGGGAUUGAGAUUAAAGCAAUCUUAUAAGCUUCUUAGUAAGCACGUUGGUGGAUAUGAAAAUCUUGGUUUUACCAAUACAAAUAGAGAUGCAAGGCCACUUGGAGUAUUUUUGGGACUUAAUCACCAUAGAGAAACUGUUGUAUUUGGAGGUGCACUUUUAUAUGAUGAAAUGAUUGAAUCUUUUGUAUGGUUAUUUGAGAUAUUCUUAGAACCAAUGUCUGAAAAGAAGUCAAUUACUAUUUUCACAUAUCAAGAUGCAGCAAUGUUAGCUGCAAUAAAGGUAGUCAUGAUGCCUAAGACAUAUCAUGCAUUGUGUAGUUGGCAUAUGUGGCAGAAUGUUGAGAAACACUUGGGUCAUUUACUUAAAAAUGAGUCUCAAUUUAAUGAUGAUUUAGCAUGUGUCUAUGAGUAUGAUGGUGAAGAUGAGUUUCUUACAGCUUAG